AUGAGCUCAGCGAAACAAAGCGGGUUCCACGACACGGAGCCCACGCAAAGGGAUUUUCUGGCGCCAGAAAGAGAAGAGGACGAUGCCAGCAGUCUGUUCUCGUCGGACUCGGGGUAUUUGAUGGACCUCGCGGACGCGUCCGAGGAUACAGAGACAAUCCUGCCUAAGACAGACUUCCACUCGCCGUACUACGUCAACGUCCCACUGCCCUCCCAGUCGGGGCUUACGUCGGACUACACGGAGCCCUCGCAGGACAGCACGUCCACGGGAUUUGUACGCGAGUACCCAACGGACAUCCUGUUGGACCGGUUCAACAAGUGGCGUAAAAUCCUCAAGGGCCUCGCCAACUACCUGCGCGAGGUCGCGUACGCCCAGGAGCGGUUCGCACGGAUCAACUACGGCCUCCGCAGCACCGUCAAGUUCUCUUUUCUCACAGACCUUGAGGAGUCCACCAACCGCGUCAUAGAUCCGUUCCAGCAGAGGGCCAAGAAGCAGGCAGGCGCCAGCGCGGCCAGCCUAAACUCUUCACUGCGGACCCCCUCCGCGCCGGGCGAAGAAAGCCCGGGCGGCAUUAAUUCGUCGCAGUCCGCGCUGGACGUCAAGAACGUGCCCAUGGCCCCGGGGGACAACAGCUCCGCCUCCUCGGGCUUCAUGAAGUUUGGUUCCGGCUCGAUUGAAGACAUCCAGGUCGUGCUCAAGAAAUACCAUGCGUCCAUCGCUAACCAGCAGAUCAAGAUGUCCAAGGAAAUCACCACCAUGGUCGUUCCCAAGCUGGACGACCUCCGUAAGGACCUGCAGCUCAAGAUCAAAGAGAUCAAAGAACUGCACGGUGACUUCAGAACCAACAUCGGCGAACACAUCGCGCUCACGGGCCAGCUACUCCAGAAGUACAUGGCUGCGGUGGAAUUCAUGUCCACCAAUUCUAACGACCAAAAAAUCUUCAAGCUGAAAAACCAAAAGCUGAAGCCUAAACACGACCCCUACCUCCUGAAGCUCCAGCUCGACCUUCAGCUCAAGCGCCAGCUCUUGGAAGAAAACUACCUGCAAGAGGCUUACAUCAACCUCCAAUCAUCCGGCAUGGAGCUGGAAAAGAUCAUUUUCGGCGAAGUUCAGCACACUUUACAGCGUUACUCCGCGCUCAUUGGCACCUCCGCGCGUAUUUCCAUCAGCAACUUGUGCAAUGAGCUGCACCAAGGCGUGCUGAGCAAGCCGCCCGCAAUUGAGUGGGACCACUUUGUGGGCCAUCACCCCAAGUGCCUCAUCGAUUGGAAGUCGACGGAACCUAUACCGCAGCCUAGAAAACUUUCUGAUAUAAGAUACCCGAAGAUGAAGUCCUCCCUCGCAAAAUGUAUCAAGGCCGGUUACCUAUGCAAGAAGUCGCAAAUCCUAAAAAAUUACAACAAAGCUUACUUCGUGCUGACCAGCAACUACUUGCAUGAGUUCAAGUCGAGCAACUUUUUCAAGCUGUCCCAAGAGAACUCUGAGAAGAAGGAUCACGGUGAGGUUCAAACCGGCAGUAAAAAGAGAGCCAUGGUUCCGGUGACAAGUCUUUCGCUGAAUAGCGCGCAACUUCUCGAAGCGAGCGAGCAUAAGUUUAGCAUUCGCGGGGUAACUUCCUAUAAUAAUUUUGAAAAAAAGUCUGCCGAGACCGGUAAAAUCAUUUCGAAGUCAACUUCAUCUAUUCAUAAGUUUUUGAAGAGUGGAAGCAAGCUUCAGCCGCACAAAAAGGAUCAGCAUCAUCAUGGUUCUAUUGCUGGAUUGCCAAGCGGAGCGGGAGCCCACGGCCCAUCUGAAGACUUAGAUGAUGUUGCAACGUGGGUUUUCAAAGCUGCAAGCAGCAAACCUGAGGACGCCAAGGAUCUCAAAAAAUGGGUCACCGAGGUGAAGAAUUUGAGUUCGUUCAUGAACUCCGACGAGAGAGCAAAGUUUAUAGAGGAGAAGAUUCUUCGUGCCCAUAAUCGCGCGAGCUCCAUGAACCUCUCGAAGAUGGCGGCAGAGUCAGGAAACAACGGUAGAAGACAAGAUAGGUUGCCUUCACAUAAGGUUUCAGGGACUCGGAGUAAACCUCAGUUUAUUCAUCUGGGUCCACAAGAAAUGCAAGAUCCAGCGCUUGCGAGAGCAAAGGUUAACACUCCUGCGAUUGACGAUAACGGAAACUUAAUCACGGCGGGAGAAAGACGCUCCUCCUCUUUGAAGAGCCCCUCUGAAGUACCCUCACCACACUUGUCCCCAACUCCUACGAACCACUCGGGAGGUGGGACCACACCUGGUUCUAGCGGCCAUGGCUCUGAUACGCCUAUGAAACAGCAGGGGUUUGUGAUUACCAGUAAUGGCAUAACACCCAUUAAUCGUACGCCUGGCUCUGCUUCAAAGAGAAAUGUUUCUGGUGUUGUCCCAAGUGGAGGCAGUUCUGACGGCUCAAAUAGUGCACCAAUGAAUUCGCCUGGCUCAAGUAGUGCACCAGUAAAUUCGCCUGGCUCGAACAGUCAAACGAACUUUUUUGGCUCCAACAACUCCCCAAUACACUCGCCCGGGUCUGGUAUCCUACCUCUAAACUCCCCUGCGAGUCAUCUUUCGGGAGGUAGCGGAAGCGGAGGCUAUUUUGCCAUACCAGUGCGGCCAAGCUCACAAGCCUCCACCCCUGGUCUGGGGAACCCGGACUCGACUGCCGCUGCGGCCCAGACCCAGGGUUCAAAUGUUCCUCGCCUCCGCGUAAAUGACAGAGACAUGUCGCAAGAGAAAACUGACAAGAACCUGCCACAUAGCGAGCAGUCUACCGAAAAGCCAGCGGGGAGUGGAAGACCGGCAGAGGGUGGCCCGUUAAGCCGGGGCGCUCCUGUCCAUUUGAGGAAGACGUCAAACCCCGGAGGUAUUUCCACCUUUAUCAGUGAGCCUCAUCAGACCAUCUAUUCGAACCCUAGGCAGAGUUUGAGCUCUCAGACUUUGGGCUCUACCAACCAUCAGCAUGUCCGAAAGCACAAGAAGAAUGUUUCGUUUGGGUCUCUGAACAGCCUACUCUUUUCUAAGAAGGGUGGAGAUGUGAGCAACAACAACAUGACGGACUAUUUCAUGUCAGGAAACCGGAUACAGGAAAACGAUGACCCCGACGCCUUAAAUGUGAAUCAGUCGCUGUAUCGUAGCUAA